AUGCAACAACGAACAGCAGCAUCAUUGGGAAGAGUGUUUAUUCGGUUCAAAGGAACUUCACUUCCAUCAGGGAGCCCAUGUUAUAAAUAUUACGAUCUAGCUGUUGAGAAUUUUAGAUUCAUUGAAGGACAAAAGCAGGGCAAGUCUUCUCCCAAAAAGAAAAACUCUGGAAGUCUGGGUGACUUUAGAAAGGAAGUUGGAAGGAAGAAAAAGUUCAAUGUAACAGAAACCAAAUCUGGAAGAAUAGUGGAAGGGAAUUAUUCAUUAGAUACCUUAACUCCAGAACAAAGAAUAGCUAAAGUAUUUGGUACAAGAUUAACAGGGGCAGAUAGAGAAUCAUCUAGUCGUGUUGUUAGAGGGGAACCAAAGGUUAUUGCAGGUAUCAAAGUUCCCGAGAAACCUCAAGAACCUGAUAAUUGUUGCAUGUCUGGGUGUAUUAAUUGUGUAUGGGAGAUGUACAAUGAUGAUAUUAAAGAAUGGAAACUGUUACGGCAACAAGCUGCUCAACGAUUGGUUCAACGAGGAGGCAGAUGGCCAGAGAACUUUCAUGCUCCUAUAAGGUUGUUGAAACAAGAAAAUUUACCCCAUAGUCUUGAGCUGAAAUAUUAUGGCACAAGUAGUGAUGCUGAUGGAAGUCCAGUGUUACUUGAAGAAGAAGAUAAUUGGGGUGAGGUUCCUGUUAGCAUUCAAGUUUUCGCUCAAGUAGAAAAGAGAUUAAAAGCCAAAAAGAAGGCUAAAACUUAG